AUGGCCGCCAUAUAUUCUGUAUAUACCUCUCCGACCCAUCCCCCAAUACCCAACCAUCUCCCGACUCUCAUCGUUACACCCCAUGGCCAGCCGUCAAACAUCCUGUACUCAUACCUUCAUACCAACUUUAAUGCGGAGAACUAUCUCUUGACGCCCUCGCCCCAAGGCGAUCUUUGUGUUGCAAAGCUGUUCCCCCCACGACCAAAGGACGCCAAAGGCUCAGCGUCAGACCCUGGCCACUCGACGUCCAGCUCACGUGUUGUUCGUUGUGAGGCUUCGCGCAAUCUGAAAUGGUCUAUCGCCAACACCGGUGUCAUUUCGCCAAUCUACAAGCUCUCACUUCCAUCCCCCGACUCGCCGGAUCUUCCGUUGUUCCAAAUCUCCAAGCCGAAUCCCAAUGCCGCUUUCUGGAGCAUGUUCUAUUUCGCAUAUGCCGGGCAUAACAUACCGCCAAAACGCAUCGAAUUUGGCAAGAUCCAGAAGAACCCUCCUGGCCCAAAUGGCGGGGGCACGCGUAUCAGCAUCACCGGUAAAACCCCCGAGGAAAAAGCUGUUUGGCAGACUCUGGGUGAAGGCAACGAAGAUUGUGUAGAAUGGGUUGUUUUGUGCGCUGCGCUUAACUUGCUCGACGAUGAGAUUCUGAAAGUCGCAGACAAGAACCCGCCUGCCCCAGUUACCUUACGUGAUCCGGGCCCUCCACAACAGAUUCCUUUGCGCGAUCCUGGUCAACGCCCACCACAGCAAAUGCUUCCUCCACAACAAAUGCCUCCCCCAGGUAACCAGCCAAUGCAAAGACCCCCACCUCAGCAACAGCAACCCAUGCUACAAGGUGGACCCAGACCGCCUCCAAACGGAUUCCCGCCUCAGCAAAGACCUCCGCCAAACAUGGGACCGCCAAACAUGGGACCACCAAACAUGGGACCACCAAACAUGGGACCACCAAACAUGGGACCUCCCCCGGGUAAUAUGCAAAGAAUGCCGAUGCCAGGACCUGGACAGCCACGCCCGCCACCGCCAAACCAAGGCCCUCCUUAUCAGCAAGGCUACGGUCCCGGUCCGGGGCCAAUGAGAGUUGGCACUCCCCAACAAGGUCCGCCUCAACAAGGUCCGCCAAUGAUGGGCCCACCAAUGCGAAGUGGAACAAUGCCUCCUCAGGGUCAGUAUCGUGGUCCUCCUCCCCAGCAACCCCCUCCCCAACAGAUGCAAACACCUCCGCCAAGGCGUUUCUAG